UAACCAAAACAACCUUCAAACCUGUUGAAACUAACCAAAAAGUCCUUGACGCGACUUUGAAACUUUCCCAAAAACCAAAAACUAUUAAUAGUAAUUAAGCGACUUAUCAAAGGCCUGCCUCUUCUUGCGCUAUGGGGAAAGCCAAGGGCCGUUUCAGAAUGGGCGCUCAAAGUACUGUGCUAGACGAUAUCAAUUUCGAUCAGUUUAUCAAGACUGUGAAUUACGAGGAAACGGUGCGACAAUUGGACGUCUACUAUGGAAUCGUCAAAAGGCAAUUGCUGCACUUCCAGAGCCCCAUCACGGGCCUAUUUCCCGUGCUAUCGACUGAUACGGAAAUCGGAAGCGUGCGGGAGAGCGUGUACUGUGCUGCGGCCAUUUGGGGCCUGUAUCAGGCUUAUAGGCGAAUAGACGACGAUAGGGGCAAGUCCUAUGAGCUGGGACAGUCCACAGUAAAGUGCAUGAGAGGCAUCUUAGAAUGCUGGAUGAAGCAGGCGGCCCGGGUGGAAUUGUUCAAGAAAAACCAAUGCGCUGCUCAUGCCCUUCAUGUGAAGUUCCACCUGACCACUGGGCACCAGGUCUACUCAGAUGAUGAAUACAAUCAUCUUCAGAUCGAUGUCAUUUCCAUAUACUUGCUGUUUUUGGUGCAGAUGCUUUCCUCGGGGCUUCAAAUCGUCUAUACACAGGCUGAGGUGGCUUUCGUUCAAAACCUCGUCUACUACGUGGAGAGAGCCUAUAGAACGCCGGACUUUGGCAUGUGGGAAAGGGGCUCGAAGUACAACGACGGAAACCCCGAAAUUCAUGCCAGCUCCAUAGGUAUGGCCAAGGCGGCCCUUGAAGCGAUAAACGGCUGCAAUUUGUUUGGGGAAAAGGGGGCCUCCUGGAGCGUCGUCUACGUGGAUAUUGACGCGCACAACAGGAACAGGAGCAUCUUUGAGACUCUCCUGCCUAGAGAGUCUUGCUCAAAGGAAGUGGAUUCGUCGCUUUUGCCAACUGUUUCAUUUCCUGCCUUCGCCACUCAUGAGGAUUUGCUGUACCAGAGGACCAAAGGCAAUAUAGUCAAGCGGCUGCGGGGCUCCUACGGCUUCAAGCGCUUCAUCCGAGAUGGGUUUCGCAGCGUGCUGGAGGAUCCAACUCAAAAAUUCUACAAGAAGGAAGAUUUGAAAAACUUUGAAAACAUCGAAUGCGAAUGGCCGCUGUUCUACAUCUUCAUGAUCAUCGAUGGGGUGUUUAAAAAUCUCCCCGACCAGAUCAGCGAGUAUCAGGAUUUGCUGAAAAAGCGCAUAUUCCUGGACCACAAUGAAGAUCCGGUGAUCCCGAUGUAUUACUACGUAACUGAAGAGCUGCUGGAGAAAGAGCGAAUGGAACCGGGCAGCACCCAGAGGAAAAUGGUGGUCGAUCAUGGGCUUUGUUUGUGGAACCAGGCCAUGUUCGUUCUGGCUCAGCUCCUGACUGCUGGGCUGUUGCAUAUCAAUGAGUUGGACCCCAUUCGGCGGUACCUGCCCUCGUAUAAUCGUCCCAGAAAAGGGGGCCGAUAUUCAGCGUUUCAAGCCAAACCUUCCAUAGGAACGGCAACGGAUUUAGUAGUGCAGAUCGUCCUCAUAGCCGAAUCCAUGCGGCUUCAGGCGAUGAUGGCCACUUAUGGCAUCCAGACUCAAACGCCCCAUGAAGUCGAGCCCGUGCAGAUCUGGUCAUCCACUCAGCUGGUGAAUGUCUAUCAAAACCUGGGCGUUAACAAGAAGCUGAAGCUCCAUGGAAGGCCUGAGCGGCCCAUUGGAAGUUUAGGAACCAGCAAGCUUUACAGAAUCUGCGGCCAGACGAUUCUGUGCUACCCGCUGAUCUUUGAAGUAUCAGACUUCUACUUGUACAGAGACAUGGCUUUGCUGAUUGACGACAUUAAGACUGAGCUGCAGUUUGUCGGCAGGUACUGGCGUUUAUCGGGCAGGCCCACCGUUUGCCUACUCAUCAGAGAGGAGCACAUGAGGGAUCCGCAAUUCAAGCAAAUGCUCGAUUUACUAGCCAUGCUCAAGAAGGGCUACUGCGACAACGUGAAGGUCCGAAUUGGGCGGCUGCAGAAUCUCAUUUCCAGCUCCUGUGUGGAACAUUUGGACUUCAUGAACGCGCUGGAGGAAGCCAACAAAGACUUCAAGCACUUCCAGCAGCUGGAGCACGAUUACAUCGGUUAUCAGAGCUUGACGGACGUGCCCAGAGUCCUGAAUUAUAACGACGAACUAAAGGACGUUUCAGAGUGGAAAAUUAGUCCAACUAACGAGAUAAUCGAGAUGCUGAAAGGCCAAGAGAGUCUUUAUACCCGAGCGCAGCUCUAUGGCUUUCUCCUGAAGAGGGAAGGCAAGCACUUCAGAAUUGGGGACUCAACUAUCGAGAGCUCUUUGUUGGGACUUUAUCACCGUGCUGGCUGCUUGAGGCAUUGGGCGGCCGUGAGAUACGUUAGCAGUUUGCUGCACCACACUGUAGACUCAAUCAGCCCCUUUAUUACUGCCGUUUUAGUGCAUGGGAAGCAGUUGACCAUGGGAGUGAUCGGGCAAAAGGAGACGGUUUUCGACAAGCCGAUGACUCCGGCCGAAAUCCAAUCGGUCGUCUACAGCACCAUCCAGCCCUACGAUGUGAUCCAGGCGGUUCUUCAGCAGGAAGUCACCCUUUAUUGUGGCCGGUUGAUUUCCACCAACCCCGAACUCUUCAGAGGUAUUUUAAAGAUUCGCGUCGGCUGGGUGUUGGAAGCAAUGAAAUACUACCUGGCGAUCGUGGGCAACCAAAAGCGCCUAGAGGAUCACAGUCCCUUUGAAAUUCGUUCGCUGGUUUACAAGAUUUUAUCGAUCAAGGAUUGGGAUCCGCAGGAAAACGCGCGGUUAACGCCGCUGCAAAAGCGGCAGCUGGAGGGCUGUUUGUGCCGCGUGCCGUACACUUUCUACAACGAAGUGUGGAACGUUAUGCUGCGAACGCCCAAAGGACUGAUUGUGGAAGGCAAUGUUAUCCCGCCGGAACCCACUAUGUCCAACAUGACGAAGAACGAGCUGACCUUUUCCCUGUUGGUCGAACAAAUGUUAAACCACAUAAACGUGCCAGAAUAUCGUCAACUUGUAGUGGAACUCUUGACGAUUGUCGCCACGAUUCUGGGCAGAAACCCCGAACUCACUUUCAAUCAGCCUCUGGAUCUCAAGCAGCUGAUCAAAGACGCUGCCCACAUGUACGCAAAGGACAACCACAUCAAAGAGGAAAAAACCAGCCUGCUGAUGGAAAUUCCCUACAUGCAGUCCAUGGGAUAUUUGGCUCGGGCCACCGUAAACACUGUGCUGAAGGGCAGUCACAUCAUGAACAAGUUGGAUACGGAAACUGAGGCUGCUUGUAAAAUCCAGUAGGGAUUGUUUAGGGUGCCACGUCGAAACCAAGACUGAUAGCACAAGAGUGUGUUGUUGUCUGGAUGCUCUGGCGAUGAACAAAAGACGUUAUUGAUGAAACAAAACAGGCAGAAAACUUCGGUUUUCCAGUCUCAUCGUCUGAGUUUCCGCGCCGGAACCGCUCGGCCGACGGUGUAUUUAAGCGUCUCCUAUUCCAGAUUUUCGCCAGUUUUCCGCGCGUCGUGACGCUUCGACUAACAAACGCGCCCUCAGUGCCCCUCUGGUUAAAUUCGCACGUGAAUACGAGAGUUUAUGCUGGUUAAGGGCCACAGUUGAAAAGUACGUAUAUCAGAAGGUUUUCUCAACAAUUUACCUUUUCCUAACUGAUUGCUUUGCAAAGAAACCAGGUUUCUUAGUCGAUGAUUUCCAUCCAGCUGCAUAGACGAAAUGCAGCCGUUCACGGAAAUUUAUAGCGUUUGCUUUGCAUCCGUCUGGAAAGCUUUAUGUCUACGACCUACAUAAUCCAGAUGGAGUUUAUGACCCGCUGUACGUGCACUCUUUUUCCUUGUGCAAUUUAGCGCACACAUUAAUCCAAACCGGCAGUAGCAUCGACUUUUUCACAGAAUUGCCUGUUAGGGCUCGCUGCUUUUGUGUCAUCAGCCAGAGCAUUCACACAACUAUCCUAUAAAUAGAGAUUUUUUCAAUUUUAGCCCUAAAUUGCGUUGAUUGUCGUAUGAUAAUUCCUAGACUUUACUUGGAGAUUAUAUAAUGUUGGCGUUUAUUGGAAGUUUGGAA